UUUGGGCUAUUUAAAUAGUUUGUUUUAUUCCAUGAGUAAAUAGGUCAUAGUGUUAUUAUCAUUUAAACAUUUAUUGUAUUUUAUAUAAUUGUGUACGUUGAAAUAUGUUAUUCUACUUUAAUUAACUGUCAAUUGUUCUCACAGAAAUGCUGUUUACAAUGGACCUUCCACAGCAUGGUUACAGAGCAAGUGUUUUGAAGGAGUUCCCACAUAUGCUGAGCACUCGUUGGCUGCAUUUCCAUCACUCUGCAGUCCGACUCAUCCCAAACCAUCUCAAUAUGGUUGAGGUCGGGGGAUUGUGGAGGCCAGGUCAUCGGAUGCAGCACUCCAUCACUCUCCUUCUUGGUCAAAUAGCCCUGACACGGCCUGGAGCAAAGCCAAGAGCUCGUGCUGGUCCCCACACCGGGGACCCUCUCCUCUUUGCAGAUACCAGUUCUGCAGCACCACCAAUGAACAAUCAGCGUUAUUACACUCCUGGAUACAACAUUGGAGGGGCUCCAGUUGGAGGACCAGCGGAUGCUGGGGUCAACAACCUGUUUGCUGACCCAAUGGCCAGUGCAGCCAUGAUGUAUGGCUCUUCCCUGGCCAACCAGGGAAAGGAAAUUGUUAACAAGGAGAUCAGCAGGUACGUGUCUGUGAACAAGCUGAAGUACUUCUUUGCCGUCGAUUCCAAAUAUGUAAUGAAGAAACUACUGCUCCUCGUGUUCCCGUACACACAUCAGGACUGGGAAGUUCGUUACCACAGGGACACUCCUCUCACACCCAGGCAUGAUGUGAAUGCGCCCGACCUUUACAUACCUUCAAUGGCUUUCAUCACCUACAUUUUGCUAGCUGGGAUGGCCCUUGGCAUUCAGAAGAGGUUCAGUCCAGAAGUCCUUGGUCUGUGUGCCAGCACUGCUUUGGUGUGGGUCGUCAUAGAGGUCUUGGUCAUGUUGCUGUGUCUCUACAUUCUCUCUGUUCACUCUGACAUUUUUGACCUCUUUGCAUACAGUGGAUACAAAUAUGUGGGAAUGAUUUUCACAGUGCUGGGUGGUCUGCUGUUUGGCAGUGAUGGGUACUUCGUGGCUCUAACUUGGUCAUCUUGUGCUCUUAUGUUUUUCAUUGUCCGCUCUCUCAAAAUGAAGAUUCUGUCGUCUCUCUCCCAUGACUCCAUGGGGGCUGGGGCGACAGCCAAACCAAGACUCCGCCUGUACAUCACCGUGGCCACCGCAGCCUUUCAGCCAAUCAUUAUCUACUGGCUCACCUCGCAUCUGGUCAGGUGACCUGGUACAGGGUCUGACCCUGUGGGUCAUUAGUAUCAAACAAAACAAACAAAAAAAAUGUUGAUGCUUUCUACAAACUUGGCUCUUGCGGGUGUCAUUUACCUACAUACCAGCUCAUCUGCCAGGGAAAGCGGGAUGAUGGAUAUCGAGCUGUAUCUUGUGUUCAGCUUGUGGGUUAAAGCUUAAAAUUAACAUUUUAGUUUUUACUUCUGUUGGUGAGACUUUUGCAUGCAAGACAUCACUUGUCACGAUGAGUGUUUUACAGUCAUUUUUGGCCACCUUAUUUAUAAAGAAAGAAGGGCUUUGUAUUCAUGAAAUUGGAAUUUAUGGUUAUGAUAAACCUUUGUCACACUCCAGUUCUUCCUCUAAAGUUUCUUGCGAAUGUUGUCCGUUUGGGCUUACCAGAAAUGUUGCAAUGUGGUUAAAUGGAAAAUGAUUGAGAUAUUUUUUUAUUUUAUUUUACCAGGUAAGUUGAUUGAGAACACUCAUUUACAGCAACAACCUGGGGAAUAGUUACAGGGGAGAGGAGGGGGGACUUGGGAGGAUGUGUUAUCAGUGCCCUCUUCUGCAUUUGAACCUUCUCUGUUAAUCCAUCCUUUUUAUUAUGUAUCUAAACUUUGUGGAGCAUGAACAAGUUUUAUUAUUUUUGUAAAAAUAAAAUAGAAUAUAAUUGUA